AUGGGCGAAGCACUACGUAGGUCAGCUAGGAUUGCAACAUCCAAAAGAGUGUUGGAAAAUGAAGGUUCCAAACUAGUUCCAGUUUCGCCACCGAAACCGGCUAAGAAGAAGGUCAAGACGAUUCCAAAACUGGAUAUCGAAGAACCAGUAAAGCGGGUAGACCACAGUUCGUCAGGUGCUAACGAAUUGGAAAUCGGAGAUGCUAUCCCCGAUUUGAGUCUCUUAAAUGAAGAUGAUGAGUCUGUCUCCUUGAAAGAAAUCGCUAAAGAAAACAAAAUUGUAGUAUUUUUCGUUUAUCCAAAAGCAAGCACACCUGGUUGUACCAGGCAAGCCUGUGGGUUCCGGGACAACUUUGAAGAUCUCAAGGAACAUGCGGCUGUCUUUGGAUUGAGUGCAGAUUCUGUGAUAUCUCAAAAAAAAUUUCAAACUAAGCAAAAUUUGCCCUACCAUUUAUUGAGUGAUCCAAAGAGAGAGUUUAUUGGUUUGUUAGGUGCCAAGAAAACACCGCUUUCCGGUUCUAUUAGAUCACAUUUCGUCUUUGCUGAUGGGAAAUUGAGGUUCAAGAGGGUUAAAAUAUCACCAGAGGUUAGUGUCGGUGAUGCUAAAAAGGAAGUUAUGGAACUCGCUGAAAAGUUUGAAAAAGAAUGA